UCUGCAAUCUCUUUUUCCUUCGAUUCGAAGAAAUCCUCCAAAAGAAAAAGAUAUGAGCUGCCAUGGCUGCCGAGUUUUACGAAAGCGAUGUGACGAUAGCUGCGUCUUAAGACCUUGUUUGGACUGGAUCGAUUCUCCAGAAGCAAAAGCCCGUGCUACGCUCUUCGUCUCCAAGUUCUUCGGCCGCACCGAUCUCAUAAAUUUCAUCUCCUCCGUCCCAAUCCACAAACGAAACGCUCUGUUCCAAUCACUCUUGUUUGAAGCGGUUGGCCGCACUGUGAAUCCGGUCAACGGAGCUAUCGGACUCCUUUCCACCGGAAACUGGCACCUGUGUCAGGCCGCAGUGAGGACGGUGCUGGCCGGCGGUACGCCGACAGUUCUCAGCAACAGUUUUCAUCAUAUUCCGGAAAUUGACGGACGUUCUGGAGUCUCCGAAACAGGCGGCUCGUGGUCGGCAAUGAUGAUCAGGAACCAGAUACCUUCCGGCAAGUGUAGCAUAACCAACGCGGCUCCAUUGGCAAAUMUCAAGGUUGCGUMAUCUGCCGCCGGCGAUGAACARAGKUUCUCGGCCUCCAACAUAUCAAAAGUAUUGAUGAGUUUUCGAUGCAGCGACGGCGAAGAGCCAAAACUGUUGAACCUUCUUGUAUAAGUAGUUGAGCUUACAACCUAAAUAAAAUCAUCAAUGGAUCCGCCAUCGUAUCCAGGUGAAUACUACUUCUUUUAGAAUUAAAAAUAAUUAACAAAAAUGUGGACACAUAAUCUUCUUCUUAAUUUUUUGGUAUGAGUUUUUGUAAAUCGCUCCCCUUUGAAAUUUGGAGUCGGUGAUCGGCUACGGCCGACGGAUGAUCCUGUUUUCCGGCAUGAGAGAAUAAUGAAGACGGCAUGUUAUCAGGUUAUAUCUACUUUCGUACCAUCUUAGUGCACUUAUUAAGAAAAACAAUACUUGUAAUUGAUAUUUUUCCUAACGUAUGUUAUUUUAUCCAACUAA